GUGAUUGACUAUUGACGCGUCUAAUAGUCCGCCACGGCUUGCAGUUGAGGCCGUUUGUUAUCAGAUUCGUCCCGAUUAAGAGGAGACUCAGAGAGGGAAGGGGAAGCGACGAAGGAGGUAGACCGGAUCGGAGGAAUGGGUGGUUCCCAAUCCGCACCGAAUGCAACCUCCAUUCACGAAUUCACCGUCAAGGAUGGCAUCGGCAACGACGUGAAUUUAGGGAUUUACAAGGGCAAGGUCCUUCUCGUCGUCAAUGUCGCCUCCAAAUGCGGAUUCACAGAGAAAAACUACACGCAGUUGACGGAACUAUAUAACAAGUAUAAAGGAAAAGAUUUUGAGAUUCUAGCAUUUCCAUGCAAUCAGUUCUUGAGACAAGAACCUUGGGAUGAUCAGAAAAUACAGGAGUAUGCUUGUACAAUGUUCAAAGCUGAUUAUCCAAUUUUUCAUAAGGUUAAAGUGAACGGCCCAGCGACAGCACCACUUUACCAGUUUCUCAAGGCAAGCAAGCCUGGUUUUUGCGGAAACAGAAUCAAGUGGAAUUUCACUAAGUUUCUGGUCGAUAAGGAUGGCAAGGUCCUUGCUCGCUAUGGGACCACCACAGCCCCCCUGUCCAUUGAGAAAGAAAUUGAAAAAGCACUUGGCAACUAAAAGGACAAGUAAAAAUUUACUUGGGAAGCAAGAAAAGUUUAAAGUCCUAGACUUUAAAGAGUGGUCCUGUACUAGUUUCAUGUAGAUAUCAUGUGUGCGAUUUAAGAUUCCCAAACUGCGAAACCGAAUUUUAACUUUGUUGCAUAACUUUUUGUAUUUUUAAUGGUCUUUUUUUUAUUUGUGUGUAUUCUAUGUAAAUAUUUCAUAUAAUGUUUCUAGACCAUGUUUUACCAUUUUCUAAGAACACAUAUCUGUGAACGAGAUGUUUAUUGUUACGA